AAAAUUUCAUAGCCCCAUCCUCGUUUUUGGCCAUGGACUUUGACUUUCUUACUCCGCCGCCUGAGGAGCGUAUCAUUCGCACCCAAAAUUUGAGCGAAGAACAGGUCAAGGACCUAGAGAUGGCCUUUUCCCUGUUCGACGAACAAGACCAGAAGGUCAUUUCCAUAAAGCACUUAGGAGACCUAAUGCGAACUGUAGCCUACCACCCCAGUGAUGCGGAGCUGCAGGACAUAUAUACCGAAUUAGAUGCUGAUGGAUCUGGCGAACUGUAUCUGAGCGAUUUUCUGUAUAUCAUGUCCCAGAAGUACGAGAACAUGACCACCGAGGAUGAGAUUAUCGCCGCCUUUAUGGUUUUCGACAAGAAUGGAACCGGGUUUUUAUCCGAAUCGGAAUUUCGUCACAUUAUGAAGAAUAUGGGGGAGCAAAUGACGGAUGAUGAGGUGGAGGAGAUCAUCCGUGAUGCAGAUUCUGAUAAUGAGGGCAACAUUGACUACGUGCGAUUUGUCAAAACGAUGUCCACCACAUGA